CUUAAGUACCCCAAGUUGCCAACUCGCCCCGACGGAGUAAGUGCCCUGCGGAGACUCUGUGUUUCAAAGAUAAGUUGACGCAAGGCAAGGCAAUCUGGCUUUGCCCAUCCUAUCAGCCUCUCUCCUCCUCCUACUUAGAUGUCGCCGACCACACAGCAUGGAAAUCCACUCCCGGAUUACAGUGCCUCAGCUCCACCUCCGGGUUACUCUGCUCAAGUCACCGAUGGCGAAGAGCUUCUCGCAGCGACACAUACACCCCUAUCAUCCAGGCGCACCGGUUCAUACUCGCGGAGUUGGGAUCAUGGCAUUGGUAUUCGAGUGGUUUUGCAUGAACUAAAUGAAGAUGUUGGCAGUCAGAUGCCAGUCUAUCAUCAGCGAGGCUUGAUUUGCGGGACGAUAUACCAGGAGAACCCUAGGAAUACGUUGCAAGUCUUUUUGAAGAUCGAAGGCAAACUCAAGCUCAGUGUAUUUGGAAAUAAUCCUCAUACGAGCACCAUCAAAGUGGUUGACGAGUGUUAUGAACUGUGGUCUAAAUCGCGUUCGCAAGCCGGAACUUCCACGAUUCCUAAUGAGAUUGCCUUUUCUUCAGUACUGCCGACAACCUUCCGAGACGGGGACCGUGACGUUUCAGUUCCCCCAUCUCAUGAGAUAUCGUUACCAGGGCUCCCUGGACUCUACUCGCAAUGUACAUACGCAGUGAAGAUCCUGUUGGUCACACGAAGCCCGUUAUGGAACAAAACAAAAACGUUCACAAUUCCUUUCAAAUACCGCCCUCGAAGUCGACCUCCGGUACCUCUUCUCACACACGACGGAAUUCGACCUGGUUGCCCCAUAUUUCAUGCCACUAUCAAACGCGCACCCGAGGUGUGGUUCGAAACGCUUUCAAUCUUGCGGUGUAAACCUGCGUCAGGGUUAGCGCCUGUCGAAGUCCAAUUAUUCAUGCCCUCCGGACGAACAUUCGGACUUGCCGAUGAGAUUCCUUUUCACAUCCAGCUCACUGGGACCGCAUCUUCCAUUCAAACGCUGUACAGACUUCUGUCUCCUCUGAGUGCAUCGUCAGAAUUUCGCGCACUGACUCCAACUCUCACCAAUCAGUCCACCCGAGAUUCGAUCAAUAGCAAAUAUUCGGUGAAGGAAAACGAUGACCGUAACUUCGUUUUCUUCAGCGUUACGCUCAUUCGCCAGGUCUGCGUCGAAGUGAAAGACCAAGCCGUAUGGAAGAGUUUUAGUAUCGGGAAAGGAAUAAUACAUCCUAUUCCUCCACCGUUUGAGCUUGCUGUCCUGGCGGACGAUGCCUUUUUACCUCCACAUUCUGCGGAUCAUACAGAGAAGAUUGUGAACCUCGACGCAGCGGGUGAGAUUCAGUGCCAACCCGACGUUGAUAUCGGGCAUUUCAAUGGUGGCAAAGUUCAAGUUAAGGAUUUUUUGGUUUUGCAAAUUGCACCCUUCAAGAAAAGCGACAAUGCUCGUUCACCGUUUUUUCCUCUCAAAAUGCCAGUUCCUGUAUUUAUAGUUACAGAUAGCUGGAGUGAGCAUCCUAUGGUUGUCUAAUAUCAACAGUCAACUAUUUAAUAGUCUUAAUUAAGGUUUAAUGUUAC